AUGGAGUGGGCAGAAAAGGACAAAGAAGUGAAAAGGAUCCUUGCCAAAUUGGACCAGCUGAUGCCCAGUGUCACUUUCACAGACAUAAACACCACCACAAGUGCCAAGAACAGCAAGGCCACCAUAUUAAACCGUAGGAGCUCAUAUUGCGUCGGAGAUCCCUUGAUGGUUCGGCUGGAUUUGUACGACCACUUGGGGAAGAGGAAGGAGUACGGAGGGGACUUCUUGCGAGCGAGGAUCUACUCUUCAGGCCUUAAGGCCGGAGCCUCUGGGCGUAUCACAGACUAUAGGAAUGGCACAUACCUGGUCAAUUUCACUUUAUUUUGGGCAGGCGAUGUCAGGGUGUCCCUCUUGCUCAUCCACCCCAGCGAAGCAGUUUCUGCCCUGUGGGCAGCGAGGAAGAAAGGCUAUGACAAAAUAGCUUUCACGGGCAAUUUUUUAAAUGGAACAUCAGACCUCUUCACUGAAUGUGGUUUUGUCAUUAACACAAAUGCAGAACUGUGUGAGUAUCUAGAUGAGCGAGACCAAGAGGCCUUCUACUGCGUGAAACCAAAGAAUGCGCCUUGUGAAGCUUUUGUUCGCCUGAAGUCCGACAAUAAAAAUGUCUCAUAUCUCAUGGAAUUGGAACAGAGUCUUUUAAAUAGUUCAAACACUGGCACUGAGAUCCCUCAGACGUUCAGGGACAUUCACGUCUAUUUCUGUGAAAGGAAGAAGACAAUGGCAAUGGAGAAAUGCAGGGUUGGGAUGACCUCCCCAUCUCCCAGUGGCUUUGUGUGGCAGAACCAUUGGCACCCCGUGUUCUGCAGCGUGCCCAGUUUCAACACUUUCAGCACCUUUAAAUGGAUUGACAUUUGCUUGAAACGAAAGCUGAUUUACCUCUUGGGAGACUCUACUGUGCGGCAAUGGAUGGAGUAUAUUGCAUCGAGAGUGAGAUCAUUCAAAUAUCUUGACACUCAUGGAGCUGGGAAGCACCAGAACUUGAUUGCUGUGGACAUGACAAAAAACAUUCAAAUCCAGUGGAAAAAACACGGCCAUCCCUUAGUCACUAUUAUAGAAUAUAUGGUAAGAGAUCACAGCUACAUUGCUCGGGAGAUUGACAACAUGGCAGGCGACAGAGACACAACUAUUGUUAUUGCUGUGGGCCAGCACUUUCGUCCCUUCCCCAUCGAGCUCUUCAUUCAAAGAAUGAUUAACAUCCGGGGAGCCAUCGAGCGCCUUCUCUUGAGGAGCCCAGAUACAAAGGUCAUCAUCAAAGCAGAGAACAUCCGGGAGAUAAACAUUGACCAGGAGCGAUUUUCGGACUUCCAUGGCUAUGCCCAAAACCUUGCACUAAAGGAUGUUUUUCGGGACAUGAAGGUUGGCUUCAUUGAUGCCUGGGACAUGACGGCUGCCUAUGGCACAAAAAUUCUUCACCCACCAGAAAAUGUGGUUGGGAAUCAGAUUAAUAUGUUUUUAACUUAUAUAUGUUAA